AUGAUGGUCACCAACGUCCUCAAGACGUACCAGCAUCAUCUCCACCACAACGACAACCAGCAUCAGCUCUCGCUUCCCAAGAGGAAGUUCGUCACCUACGCCGUCUACGCGCUCAUCGCCGUCGCGCUCCUCUACCUCUUCGUCGACCCAGCAGCUCCGCCUGCUGCGGCAUCAUCUACUACCACCAAGCCAUCAUCGCUGGCGGCGAGGCCGCCGUGGAUACAGCAGCUGCCACCGGCGCCGCCGCCGCUAUCGACGAUAUCUCCACCUCCUUACCAAGGACAAGCCGCAGCAGACAACAACGAUGAAACAUUGCUGAUCGUCAGUACGACGACUGCUGCACCGCCGCUGCCGUGCGACUACUCGGACGGCGAGUGGGUGCCGGACGCCCGGACGCCGCUCUACAACGGCACGACCUGCGGCGCCAUCAAGGACGACGGCCGGAGCUGCACGGCGAACGGGCGUGCGGACACGGGGUACGUCUACUGGCGGUGGCAGCCGCGGGCGUGCGACCUCCCGGCCUUCUCCGCGGCCGCCUUCCUGCGCUGGCUCCGCAACCGCCACAUGGCCUUCGUCGGCGACUCGCUGGCGCGCAACCAGGCGGAGUCGCUCGUGUGCUUGCUCUCGUCAGCAUCCCCGCCGGAGCUCGUGCACCGCAGCGCCGACGGCAGGUUCCGGCGCUGGCUGUGUAGGCCUUACAGAUCACAGAUCACACAUCAAUUUAGGUGGCUAUCCUAUCAAGAAUGA